AUGAUCCCUUUGCUAUCAUUGCAACAACUUUCCCAGAAGAGGAACGAUGGCACAACCUUGGCGAUGAAUAGUUUGCUGCCCCUUACUUAUGCUGGUGGAGGAUUUGUUUGCUUGACACCAGACUCUAUACCUGUCCAAUUAGUACCUAUCUCGAUCUUGGCGCAACCAAACUUGUCUUCAAAGACGGAUGAUCGUUUCCCCUCAGUAGCUGAGCAAAUGUGGAUGAGUCAAGUCCCUAUGGUUCUGAUGGAUGCAGGAGGCAAUUUGCUGAUGGAGCCUGACAAGCAGAUGCAGAGUUUCGCUUCAGAGGUGUCUUUGGUCAAUCGCGUUGAAGGUUCUUCCCCAAAGUCGCAGAGCGUCGGUCAAGACAUGAACGCGAUUGAGAUCCCUGAUCUGAAAGAAAUUGUCAAGUCUGCGACCAAAGACCCUUCGGCAUCGAUCAUCCUGAGUCGAGAUCAAGUUACCAAACCGAUCAUUGCAACCCCACAAUAUCGAAGCAGUUGCACAGCAGGAAUGGACUUGGCUAAGUAUUUGGACCAUUGCAACCAAGCCCAAAACAACAUUGAAGCUCUGCGCCUCAAGGCUGUACAGAUUUUUCACGAGAAACAAGGAAAGAAGGAAGUACAGGCCACUCCAGUUUCUUGCUGUGCAACCCCCUUGGCGCAAAACGCUCCUUCCUUUGCAAGCUUUCUCUGCAAUGGCAAUGGCAAAGCCAACACCUACGGGGGAGGGAGUUUUCAGAAGUAUGAACCCAAGAAACCAGAAAGGGUUUCGGUGGAAUGUAGCUACUGCUCAAGAUCAUUUGUUUCGAUGCAUGCUUUGGACGUGCACCUCUCAAGAAACCCGACUUGCAAGUCAAAGAGGGAUGCCACUGUCAGAGUAUCCGUUUUCUCACAGAUUGCAGCUGCUGAAAAGUCAAAUGGAUUAAACCAUGAAGCGCAUUUGAUUUGCAAGCUAGAAGAUCAAAAUCAUGAAUCAAGGCAAACCUCUACAUGUGAUGAUGCAAGGAAUAACCUUCCAAAGUUGGCUGCGAUGACCGAUGCCAACGACUCUACAGUACAGAAGUUACCCGGGACGAAAUCAAUUCUGCAAACGCUCGCGCAUUUCGCAGAAUCUCUUGCACCGAUGGGGAUGGGAAAACUGAGCGAGCAGCAUCCAUCGAUGUUGCCGAUGAAACGCAAAGCAUGCGACAGCGAUAUCGUAGGGCAAGCUAGUGUCUCUAUGGUAGCGCACGCCUCCUACAUUGAUAGUGAGGCACAGCCUGGGGUGGACGAUAUUUCGGCAGAGAUGGCAGAAGAAACUCCGUCGGCCGUCUUGAAGAAGAAACGAACUCGCCUGCCUCCCAUGGCUUCUAUGACACGAUUUGAAGAAGUUGUGUUGGAUUUUCCAUUUGACGUUCGUGCGGCUCUAGCGAGGAUCCAGAGCCCUGCAGCCUUCUUCUCAACAUGCAGUCUGGAUAUUUUCAAGAGACACAUGAAAUUCGGCAAACUGGGGGGUACUGUCAUCAAAAAUUACUUCACACUGCCGAGUGAAUCGUUCGAGCCCAUGAUGCACAACCCUCUCAAGAUUCCUGAAUUUGAAGAGUUUGGAGUACAGAUUGGGAGCACGGACUUCCAAGAACUCAAGGUUUUCAAUAGAAUGCUCUUGUGCAAGAAGAGGUUCUUGGACAUUAAUCGUAGGGCCGUGAGCAAGCGUUCCAAGAUGAAGAAAUCGCUCGACAGAAUUCAGAUGAAUCAAGCUCCUGUCGAGGAUGGCAACUGA